GGACGGAGUAUGUCUUUAUGGGGGUCUGUGGUCAGCAAGGGAGGUUGUCAUGCGCUUCGGUAUUACUCCUUGUCAUAGGUCGGGUUAUGAUAGUCAAUGGCGAAGCCUCGUUGGUGCGGUGAGUUCGAUGUGCAUAACCAGAAUUGAUUCACCGCCUUCGCAUUGUACAGCCAAUCGCACCCCGCCGAAAGUAAGCGGAUCAUAGCGUUAUACGAACCCUGGAAACAACCAGCAAGACCCAUCAACAUGAAAGAUGCUAUGACAACAACGAACUCAAUUGCCUGUACCUGUACGUUUCUGAUAUUUUGUAUUCACGUGGGAUUCUCUCGGAAAGGUCUCUCGUCAUCGCCACCACCUAAACUAUUCGCUCUGUGGCAACGAACGAAAACAGGGAAAAUUGUGACUUUGUCAAGCUGCUCCAAGCCUUGCAGCUUGGCAAACUGUCGGCGGACUUGGAGCCGUUCGCCUCGAGAUCCCUUCUGUUCCGCGCAUUCGAUCCCAGCCGAGAGUAGUGGAGCAUGUUUAUUUGCUCGCUGCACUUCCUCUGGCACCCUCGUCAGAGUCCAAAGAAUAGCACAAGGAUAUCGGAACGAUCGUCUUGUGUCAUAUUGCGUCAAAUCUUAUCGCGCCUCGUGAAUCCUUCAACACGAUUCGAAAGGCCGUGGAAUCCGAUCAAGUAAUCUCC